AUGGCUUCAACGGAACAGCGUCUGCCCACUAGGGAACGUCGCCCUUCAACGGCGGCACCUAUUGUCGAUAUCGUCGGUUCGGUGAGCCCCGCGGGUAUCUCUCGUCCCAAACACAAGCGCACCUUUACGGGUUUCGGGGCUAGUGAGAUUAAAAGCGUAGAAGCGGCGAUCCCCGAGCCUCAACGUGAUGUAUGGACCAAGCACCAAUUCGAAGGCUUCAAGACAAAGGAUCAGUUCGAGAAGGAGGUCGUUCGACAUGUUGAGACAACUCUGGCUCGUAGCAUGUUUAACUGUGACGAGUCAGCUGCUUAUUCAGCUACCAGCUUGGCGUUUCGUGAUCGCCUAAUUAAAGAAUGGAAUAAAACUCAGCAGCGCCAGACCUUCGCUGACAGCAAGCGCGUCUACUAUCUCAGUUUAGAGUUCUUGAUGGGACGCGCUUUGGACAAUGCUAUGCUCAACGUUGGCGCCAAAAGCACUGCCAAAGAGGGUCUUUCCGAACUUGGAUUCCGCAUUGAAGACAUCAUCGGCCAAGAACACGAUGCUGCGCUAGGAAACGGUGGACUUGGACGACUUGCAGCUUGUUUCCUUGACAGCCUUGCGUCCUUGAACUUCCCUGCCUGGGGCUAUGGAUUGAGAUACCGGUAUGGUAUCUUCAAACAGGAGAUCAUUGAUGGAUACCAAGUCGAGGUACCUGAUUACUGGCUUGACUUCAACCCCUGGGAAUUCCCAAGACAUGAUGUUACAGUCGACAUCCAAUUCUAUGGCAAUGUUCGUAAGAGCCAAGAUGAGAACGGAAAGACCGUGGCAUUUUGGGAAGGCGGCGAGAUAGUUACCGCUGUAGCUUACGAUGUGCCAAUCCCCGGUUAUGACACACCAUCUACCAACAACCUACGAUUAUGGUCCAGCAAAGCUGCCAGCGGCGAGUUUGACUUCCAAAAGUUCAACAGCGGAGAGUAUGAGAGCUCAGUAGCAGACCAGCAACGAGCCGAGACCAUCAGCGCCGUUCUAUACCCAAAUGACAACUUAGACCGUGGAAAGGAAUUGCGUCUCAAGCAACAAUACUUCUGGGUUGCCGCUUCGCUCUACGACAUUGUCCGCCGCUUCAAGAAGACGAAGCGUGCUUGGAGCGAAUUUCCUGACCAGAUCGCAAUUCAACUUAACGACACCCAUCCGACACUAGCCAUCGUAGAGCUCCAGCGAAUCCUAAUAGAUGUAGAAGGCCUUGAAUGGGAUGAGGCAUGGAGAAUAGUUACAUCUACCUUUGGUUAUACCAACCACACCGUCUUGCCUGAGGCGCUUGAGAAAUGGCCUGUCGGUUUGGUGCAGCACCUCCUACCUCGUCACCUCCAAAUCAUUUACGAUAUUAACCUUUUCUUCCUGCAAACCGUAGAGAAGAAGUUUCCCAACGACCGGGACAUGCUACGCCGGGUUUCGAUUAUUGAAGAAUCCCAGCCAAAGAUGGUCCGAAUGGCGUACUUGGCAGUUGUCGGUUCUCACAAGGUUAACGGUGUCGCCGAGCUGCACUCGGAUCUUAUCCAGACAACUAUCUUCAAGGACUUUGUUACUAUUUUCGGAGCCGACAAAUUUACUAACGUCACAAAUGGAAUUACGCCGCGAAGAUGGCUGCAUCAAGCGAACCCUCGACUUUCAGAGCUCAUCGCCAGCAAGACUGGUGGCUACGGCUUCCUUAAGGAUCUCACCCUUCUCAACAAGCUAGAGGAGUUCGUUGACGACAAAUCAUUCAGAAAAGAAUGGGCCGAAAUCAAGUACGCCAACAAAGUCCGUCUUGCGAAGUACAUUAAGAACACCACGGACAUUACGGUCAACCCAUCAUCUCUAUUCGACGUCCAGGUCAAGAGGAUCCACGAGUAUAAGCGGCAACAAUUAAACAUCUUCGGUGUCAUCUACCGUUAUCUGAAGCUCAAGGAAAUGAGCCCCGAGGAUAGGAAGAAACAACUACCUCGUGUCUCGAUUUUCGGUGGAAAGGCAGCACCUGGCUACUGGAUGGCCAAGCAAAUCAUCCACCUUGUCAAUAGCGUUGGCGCUGUUGUCAACAAUGACCCAGAUAUUGGCGACCUUCUGAAGGUUGUCUUCUUAGAAGACUACAAUGUCAGCAAGGCGGAGAUGAUUACUCCUGCUUCAGACCUCAGUGAGCAUAUCUCGACUGCCGGUACCGAGGCAUCUGGAACUAGCAACAUGAAGUUCGUCCUGAACGGUGGCUUGAUUAUUGGGACUUGCGACGGUGCCAACAUCGAAAUCACUCGCGAAAUCGGCCAAGAAAAUAUCUUCCUCUUCGGUACCCUGUCUGAGGAUGUUGAGGAUCUGCGACACGCGCAUACCUACGGCACGCAUGCCAUUGACGCUGGCCUCAACCAGGUAUUCGAGGCGAUCAAGAGCGGCAAGUUCGGCGACUCCAACGAUUUCAACGCGCUCAUCUCGGCCGUCCGCGACCACGGUGACUAUUACCUGGUGUCGGACGAUUUCCAGUCGUACAUCGACACCCAGAAGAUGGUGGAUGAGGAGUAUCGGAACCAGGAUGAGUGGGUGUCCAAGUGUAUCCGUAGUGUCGCUAGAAUGGGCUUCUUCAGCUCCGACAGGUGCAUCAACGAGUACGCAGAGGGCAUCUGGAACGUAGAGCCCCUAGCCGUGGGUGGUAAUUAA